GCCCUCCGGAUCGAGGAUGAGGACGAGCUGCGCGAGCUCCUGGAUUUUUUCCUGGACUACGAAUCCCAGAACGCGCCCAAGAUCCAGGGAUGAAGGACCCCCCAGGGAAAUUCAGGACAUCCGGGACAAUUCCAAGGACGGGGAAUAUUGGGAAGCCCUGACCUGCGUCAUUCCCGAGCGGACGCUCAAACUUUGGGAUGCGCUUGGAGCCGCACUCUUGGAAUACCAUAAAGUCCUGAGCCGGAGAUCCGAGCUCUUUUCCGAGGCCACCACCCUGCAGCGGCAGAACUCGGAGCUGGGAAUGCUGCUGGAGGAAUAUUUGGGAUCCGCGCAAGGCCGGUGAGCUCAGCAUUCCCGGCGAUAUUCCGGACGCGGAUCCCACCGGGAUCGAUCGCCAGUGCCGGCGGUGGAGUUCCCCGGAUCUGAGCCGGGAAUUCCUGGCGGGGGUUUAAUAAAAGAUUCCCAAAGGUG